AUGUAUUUAAAAGAAACGUAUAUACAUGAUGCCGAGUUGGAAAUCGUCGUUCCAAAUGGUACUUUAGAUUUUAAUGAAGAAAAUAUUGAAAAAAUUAUUGAUGGUCAACAAAGGAGUCAAGUCUAUUACGAUGAAUUACUUCACGUUUAUUUGAUGACAACACUUCCACCUGAAUCAAAUUUCGAAAAUAAAGAAGAAGCAACGGAAUUUUUUAGAAACCUCGAAGUUAAAUUACAAGCGACAUUAAUAGAUACACCAAAUCUAUUGAAUUUAACGGUACCAUCAAGUAAUUAUACAUCGGAAUUAAGUCGUACUUCAUCAUCAAGUUCAACAGCAUCCUCUGAUAGUGGAAUAUUUAGUAGUAGUACAAGUAUUAGUUCGAACUCUACGUCAAUUUUCACUCAUGGUUCUCCCAAUAGUGAUUAUAGUAGCAUUAAAAAAUUAUCAAGCAAAGUUAUUGAAGGAACUGUUAUUUAUUCCACUAAUUACGAUUCUAAAAGUAAUAAUAAAAUGGUAGUUGUCAAAAGAGAUGAUUGUUGGACUUGCGUUUUACAAUUAUUAUUUCCCAUUGAGAAUAUAAGAGCACGUGCACAAAAUCAAAUCGCAUUAGACGUUACCGUUACACAAUCUCGACGAAAAAUUAUGAAUUCACCCAACUCUGAUUUAUAUUCUCCAGAAUAUUUUGGAAUGAAUUUGCUUGGAGGCUUAUGUGAUGAUCCAGCAUUUGAAUCGUUGAAUUUUUCAAUCCCGACUCCCCAAUUAACAAAAAAAGAAAAAACAAGCAUCUAUUCAACUUUACCUUCAACUCCUAUUAAAAGAUGUCAUCAUAAGAUAAUUUCUGUAAGGCCAACAUUAAACACUCGUAUAAGAUCUACAUUUGUAUCUCCAUCAGAAAAUACCGUAAUGAUGUCUGUUGAAUUAGAAAAUGAUACAGAAAAUGAUAUGACAUUCUCUAUUGAAGAUUUAAAAGUUGAAAUUUCUCACGGAUUUGUUGCAGGAUGUGCUUGGGGCCCUCAAGAUACUGACAAAUUUCCAAUCACGUUACGACCAUUUGACCAAGUAAAUUUCUUAUAUAAUGUAACGAUAUUAGAAGAUUCUUCAUUCCCCGAGCCUUUGAACACACAACAAUAUUAUCCAACACCAAUCCCAAAUUCAAGGGUUUCCUCAAGAAGAGAAUCAGUUGCAUCAAUUAAUUCCGCAUUAAAUACAUCUCCAGUUGAAAAUAAACAUCGAACUCUAUCAGUCAUUGUAAAAGGAAGUCCAGUUAUCGAUGGAGUUAAAUCACGUUGUAUUGAAUCAAAAUGGGACUGCGAAUUAGAUACAUCAACUUUAUUUAAUGAUGAUUCAAUGGCAUCGUCUCAAUCGAGAGAAACAGAAAGUAAUAAAUUUGUUCCAAUGAUGUAUAAUAAUAAAUUUAACUUUGGAAUUGGUGAAAGGACUAAUACGAUUGAUAAGGCAACAACAAUCCGUGAUUCAUUCAGUUCAAAUAAUGUUAAAAAUUAUGACAACAUUAAAUGUGGAAAUAAUUCAUCUGAUGUUGAAUUGGAAAUAAAUGUUAAUGGGGUUAAUGUUUCUAAUAAAAAACACCACAGCGGAUAUAUACCUGAAACCAAUUUAUUGAAUGUUGACGAUGAAAAUAAUGGAAUUUUGCCUUAUGGGAGAUUACCAAAAUUACAAAAACAAACGAAUUCAGAUUUAAAUGAUGGUGUUUUCGCCUCUUUUGAAGUUUGUGGCAAACCUGUUGUUGGUAAAGUAUUUACUAUGAAAGUAUUUAUAGCAAAUAAAUCAGAACACGCUAGAAGAUUUGCUAUAACGAUUCCAAAAAAGAGAUCUAAUGACAGAUUAUUUAAUAAUCAUAAAUUGUCACAUAAGCCAUCUUUAAGCCAAUCGUCGGAUAUUACUUUAGUUGAAUAUAAUGAUAAUUAUGAAUAUGUUAAACAAUCCUUGGAUCCAUUCAUGGAUGAAACAGUAUUUAUGAGAAACCAUUCAGAAUUAGUAACUUCUGAUACAGGUUUAAUUUGGUUAGAUAAUGAUGUUAGGAUUGGUCCAAUCAAUCCAUAUAGCAGUGAAACUGUGACAUUACAUUUUAUAUCAACAAAAGAAGUAUUACAUAUGGUCGAAUUAGUACAAUUAGUUGAUGAAGAUACCGGCUUCAUAACAAAUUUAAGAAAUGUUGUUCAAGUUAAUGUCAAAAAGAAUGAGAGAAGCAUGAAAAGAAUGAAAAGAUUUGAACAUCAUUCUUUUGUUCCAAGACAUAUUGAAGUUACAGGCUAA